AUGUCCGCUCAGCGCAAAUCCCCCUCCCCGGCGGACUAUCCCAUCCAGCUCCCACCGAACGCAGACUACAACAAGCAGUCCGUUGCGAUCCCUGGCUCUGAGCGUCCUGGCGAGUCAGCGACCUAUCGUCAUGCCGUAUUCCCUUUCCUGACGGUAGACACCCCUGGGGUGGUCACAAACCUCGUCGACCUUUAUAACGAGGGCUACAGGCGCGCCGCAGGAGGCCCCUUCCUCGGCCACCGUCCCAUCCUCUCCAGGAAGCCGCUGACCUUCGCCAACUAUCACGUCUGGCAGUCAUGGCCUGAGGUUGACGCGCGCCGGCGCGCAGUUGGCAGCGCCCUCCAUAAGCUCUUCCAGACAAAAGAGCUAGGCGGGUACCAACUAGAUACCGUAGGAAUUUGGAGCAAGAAUUGUCCGAAUUGGCUCCUCGUCGACCUUGCUUGUCAGGCGUACAACAAGGUUACCGUCGCGCUCUACGACACUCUUGGGGCGGACUCGGUUGAAUAUGUCAUCAACCACGCGGACCUAUCAAUCGUUUUCGCAGCGCCAGAGCACAUCCCCUUCCUCCUGGCGCUCUCCCCCAAGCUUCCUACGCUAAAGUACAUCGUGUCAAUCGAAGCUGCGGAAGACGAUCAGAAGCGUGUACUUACGGCGUGGGCCAAGACACGGAACAUCAAAUUCUUGGACAUCGUCGAGUUCGAGGAAUUCGGCCGAGCGAACCUGAUUGACGUCAUCCCUGCCACCGCGGACACCCUCGCAUCCAUUUGCUACACUUCGGGCACCUCUGGUGUGCCUAAAGGUGCUCUCUUGAGCCAUGGCAACCUGGCCAUUGCCGCGUACUCCUUCCUGCACGCCCUUGAGGACCAGGAGGGGCAAGUAGCCAUGUCCUUCCUGCCGCUAGCCCACAUCUACCAGCGCGUCAUGGAACUAACUAACGUCGCCAUCGGCAAGAGCAUCGGCUAUACCACUGGUGACCCCCUACGUUUCCUGGAGGACAUCCAGAUCCUCAAGCCGCACUACGUUCCGCUCGUCCCUCGUGUCCUCAACCGGGUGUACCAGUCUGCGAUCGCGGCCGGAGAUGUUCCCGGCAUCCGUGGUGCCAUCUUCCGUGCCGCCGUCGCGGCGAAGCUGCACAACCUGAAGACUACCGGACAGUUCACCCACCCGCUCUGGGACCGUCUCGUCUUCCGCAAGAUCAACAACGUCCUAGGCGGCCGCGUCAAGAUGAUCGGCUGCGGCUCCGCGCCUUUCAGCAAGAACAUCGGCGACUUCCUCAAGAUUGGUCUCCUCGCCGACAUUCGCGAGGGCUACGGCAUGACCGAGAACGGCGGCUGCUGCACCACCUGCUGGCCGUACGAUCCCACCGCGGGCGGGACCGUCGGCGGGCCCGUGGCCUCAGCCGAGAUCAAGCUCAUUGACGUCCCCCAGCUCGGCUACCGCGUCACCGACAAGCCCUUCCCGCGCGGGGAGCUCCUCAUGCGCGGCGGGCAGCGCUUCAUCGGGUACUACAAGGAGGAGGCGAAGACGCAGGAGACGAUCGACGCCGAGGGGUGGCUCCACACGGGCGACAUCGCGACGCUGGACGAGCAGGGGCGGUUCAAGAUCAUCGACCGCGUGAAGAACAUCAUGAAGCUCGCGCAGGGCGAGUACGUCGCGCUCGAGAACAUCGAGAACGUGUACGCGUCGGUGCCGAUCAUCGCGCAGCUGUUCGUGUACGGGGACUCGCUCCAGUCGUACCUCGUCGGCGUCGUCGUGCCCGACCCUGUGCAGCUCGCGGACCUCGUGCAGCGCGUGCUGAAGCAGAGCGUGCGCCCGGACGAUACGGCGGCGCUCGGGCGAUACGUGAAGGAGUCGCGGAUCAUCGACGCGAUCUUGACGGAGAUGGACAAGGAGCCGAACGUGCGGAAGCUGAGGGGCUUCGAGCGCAUCAAGCGCAUCCACGUUACUCUGGAUGCGUUCACGGUCGAUAACGAGUGUCUUACACCGACGCUCAAGAUCCGCAGGAAGGAGACGUACGCCAAGUUCAAGCCGUAUAUUGAAGCGUUGUACGCCCUCCCUGACCCGACGAGUGGCUCGAAGCUGUGAAGGCUCUUAACCAUCCGCCCAGUAAACACAGGCUCAGGACACAACUAGCUAUACUAUACUCGAUUUCCAUAUCUCAUUAGCUCACUUUCAUUGGCUGUGCACAACCGCUGCAUG